AAAACUCAUCCAACUCAUCAUCAAAUUUCUUCAAGAUUAGAUUUCCAAUAAUAGUUCAUCAUUCAUUUGUUGAUGAUUAUUUUUUUUUUUGUUCUGAUGAUAAACAAUCAUAUAUUUGUGCCAUCAUAGUAAUGACUAAUUGUUAUUGAUCAUUGAUUCAUCAUUCAUUCAUUCAAUGGUUGCAACGGAUAUUCGAAAUAAUAAUCGAAGAUCCAGUGUUCCAUAUAAAUUCGUUCAACAUUUUUUUUUCAUCAUCACUUAAAUUGUCUCAUUCAUUGAAUUCAUCGAACAACAACAACAACAAAAAUCCAAUUGGUCCAAAAUGUGGGCCCAUUUUAUUUUUGUUAUUUUAAUUUUUCUAUCCAUAUUGAAGCCAUAUGCAUCAGAUCCGGUUUAUACGGUGGUUGCUCCAUCGAAAUUACGUCCAAAUUCAGAUUAUCAUCUCAGUAUUCAGCUAGAAAAUACAACACAAUCAGCAUCAUUCGAUGUGAGCAUCAGUGGCCCAUCCACUCAAUCGAAUUUCAAUCGAAUCGAUACUACAGUCAUUGUUCGACCAUAUGAAUCACGAAUUCUUAAUUUAGAGAUUGGUGAAUGGGCCAAAGGAAACUAUAAAUUAAUCAUCAAAGGUCGAACCGAUGGUGAACCACGAUACGAAUUCGCUAAUGAAACUGAUUUAGAAUUUGAUUCAAAAUCAUAUUCGAUAUUUGUUCAGACGGAUAAAGCCGUCUAUAAACCUGGACAAACUGUUCGAUUUCGCGCCAUUAUUGUAAAUCCAUCAUUGAUACCGAAUCUGGCCGGUAGUUUGGAUAUUUUUAUUAAAGAUCCAAAAGAUAAUCUUAUCAAACAAUGGAAACGUAUAUUUACUCAUCGUGGCGUUGUUUCCGAACAAUUUGCUCUUUCCGAUCAGCCACCAUUGGGCGAUUGGACCAUUAUUGUCGAAGUUGCCGGUGGACAGAAAUCAGAGAAAAAGUUUUCCGUUGCUGAAUAUGUGCUACCCACAUUUUCAGUGGAUGUAUUGCUACCACCGUAUGCCACCUACAAUCGUUCGGAUGUUGUGGCCACUGUGAAGGCCACAUAUACGUAUGGAAAGCCAGUUCGUGGUGAUGCCACCCUCACUGUACAACCACGAAUUCGCCAUGCAGCUAUAUCAUUUCGUCCGUUGGAACAAUAUCAAACAAAAUUACGUCUUGAAGCCGAUGGCAAAGUAGACAUUCCAGUCAAUAUAGUCCGUGAUUUAAAUCUUAAAUCUGACUUCUUUGAACGUGAAAUCGAAUUCUUUGCACUGGUCGAAGAGACGUUGACCGGACGAAAAUAUAAUAAAUCAUCGGUGAUGAAAAUCUAUCAUAAAGAGGUCAAAGUUGAAAUGAUCAAAACAUCUAAAACAUUCAAACCUGGAUUGAAAUAUACCGCUUUUCUUAAAGUUGCCUAUCAAGAUGACACACCAGUCGAUAACGAUGGUCCACCUGUUAUUCUUCGUUAUGGUUAUUCAUAUAACGAAAAUCAUUGGAAUAAUACCAUAGAAAAAGUACCAUACAAUGGUAUCACUCAAAUUGAUCUAUAUCCACCCAAAGAUACGGAAAAGAUUGGUGUUAUUGGAUUGCGUGCCGAAUUUCGUGGCCAAACCUAUUUCCUUGAAUCGAUCAAUAUGGCACAAUCACCAUCGAUGAAUUUUAUCCAGGUGAUUCAAAAACAACAGGAUCAAGAGGAUAGUAGUAUUUUCAACCAGAAACCAGUUCGUGUUGGCGACGAAAUUACAUUCAUCGUGAAUGCAACCGAACCAUUCGAUAAUCUUGUUUACGAAGUUAUGGCCAAAGGUGACCUGGUAUUGGCUCGAAACGUUCGAUCAAUUCGUAGACGAACAACCGAACAGAUUGUCAUUACAAUAAAUCAUCGUAUGACACCAAGAGCUCGUCUUCUAGUCUAUUAUAUUCGUGAUGAAAACAAGGAAAUAGUAGCCGAUUCUCUCAGUUUUAAUGUGGAUGGCACAUUCAAAACACCGGUAUCGAUUUCAUCGAAUGUAAAUCAAACAAAACCCGGUGGUAUGGUUGACAUACAGGUGCGAACAAAGCCAUCCGCCUACGUUGGAUUAUUAGGUGUCGAUCAAAGUGUUCUAUUACUCAAAUCUGGUUUCGACAUAACACAACAAGACGUCCUCAAUGAAUUAGAAUCAUAUGAUUCGGGUAGUAGACAAUCCAAUGGUGGCUAUUAUCCAUGGGCUAGAUAUUGGCUAUGGUCGGGCGCUACAACUGCUGCAGAAAUAUUCGCUGAUUCUGGUGUGGUCAUAUUGACCAAUAGUCUAGUUCAUCGUUACGAACACAAAAGAUUAGGAAAACGAAUCUUUUUCACUGCUGAUGGUGGUGUUAUUGUCAAUAAUCAAAGACGUCCAGAUCCAAAGCCAUUAGCUGCAAUUAAAUUGGACGAUACAAUACUUGAAGAUCGAUUGCAGCCACCUGAUUUCAAAAUAACCCCGAAAUUCGAACCACGAAUCGUUUUACGAAAAACUUUCCCGGAAACUUGGAUCUGGGCUAAUGUUACCACCGGCAAUGAUGGUGUAGCAAGAUAUUCUGAUUCUAUUCCCGAUACAAUAACCUCUUGGUAUGUGUCAGCGUUUGCAGUUGAUUCCAUUACCGGUUUGGGCAUUGCGCCAGAUACACUAAAGAUUAAUGUUUUUCGUCCAUUUUUCAUAAAACUUUCGUUGCCCUAUUCGAUCAUACGAGGUGAAUCGGUUUCAAUCCAAGCAAUUGUCUUUAAUUAUCAAAACAAACCGGUCAAAGCUGAAGUUGUGAUGGAAAAUCCAGCUGACGAAUUUGAAUUUACUAACGCUGCAAACGAAAUUGAAUUUGCUGGUGAACAAAAUAUUCUUGAGAAACGGAAAUCGGUUACGAUUGCUCCAUUUGAUGGUGUUUCAGUUACUUUUUUGAUCACACCGAAAAAACUUGGUUUUAUCAACAUUCGUAUUCGAGCCAGUUCUGAUAUGGCCGGUGAUGCUGUCGUGCAGAAAUUGCUUGUCAAACCAGAAGGUCAAACCCAAUACUUUAACAAGGCCAUGUUCAUCAAUGCUGUGAACCAACAAGAUCGAACAUUGAUCAAACGAAACAUUUCGGUGGAAAUACCACCGAAUGCCGUACCUGGUUCAGUUCGCGUCAUGGUUUCUGGUAUCAGCGAUAUAUUAGGUCCAACUGUUAAUCACUUGGAUGAUCUACUUCGCAUGCCAUAUGGAUGUGGUGAACAGAACAUGAUCAAUUUGGUGCCCAACAUUGUUGUCACCAAUUACUUAGAACGUGUCAAUCGCAUGACAGAUCCAAUACGUUCCAAAACCAAGAAUCACAUUGAAACAGGCUAUCAACGUGAAUUGACGUAUCGACGUGAUGAUGGUUCGUUCUCGGCUUUCGGACAAUCGGAUAAAGCCGGUUCAACUUGGUUGACAGCAUUUGUGGCCAAAACAUUCAUACAGGCACGACCGCACAUUGAUGUUGACAAUGCUGUUAUCACCAAAUCAAUUGAAUGGCUAUUGACUCGACAGCGAAAAGACGGAAGUUUCGCUGAAUAUGGUGAAGUUCAUAAUAAAGCACUACAAGGUGGUUCUGCCAUUAAACCUAAAGCAGUUGAUGGAAGUGACGAAACCGAAACUAAUGAUAAUGCCGGUGCACUAACAGCUUUUGUGUUGAUUGCUAUUCUUCACGAAACAAAAUCGGAUCCAAUUCGCGUUCGCCAUGAAUCAACUUUACAACGUGCAACAGAUUUCCUUUAUUCACGUGUGUCCAGUUCGACUAGUCCGUAUGAAGUUGCCAUCGGUAGUUAUGCAUUACAUUUGGCCGAUUCACAACAUAAAGAUUUGGCAUACAAAAAAUUGAUGGCCAUGACCAAACGAGAUCAGGAUGGACUGAUGCAUUGGUCUAUACGACCGGAUCAAGAACAAAACAAAACAAGUGAUCGUUUGAAAGUUGUUGCAUCAGAUUAUCUGCUCUAUCCGAAUGCCGUUGACAUUGAAGCCACUUCAUAUGCCAUCCUCACAAUGGCUUUACGAUCCGAAAUUGAUCAAGCCAUUCCGGCUGUUCGUUGGUUAAUUUCCAAACAGAAUUCAAACGGUGGUUUCUCCAGCACUCAGGACACUGUUAUCGGGUUACAAGCAUUGGGCGCCAUAGCAGAACGGAUCUCAACGGCCACCGUUAAGAUGGCAGUGAAUAUCAAACAUGGAAACGUCAAAGAUGGAGAUCUAAGCACCAAUCCCGGACCACAGCAAGCAUUGUAUUUCAAUACGGACAAUGCACUUGUAUUGCAACAAAUUCAAUUGGAUCCUGAAAAGACUGAUUGGGUUCAAUUGGAAGCGUCCGGUUUUGGUACGGCUAUUAUUCAAGUUUCUUAUCAAUACAAUCUAGCUGUUUCGGCUGAAAAACCAGCUUUUUUUCUCAAUCCACAAAAAGAUAAAACAUCCACAGAAAAUUAUCUCCAACUCAGCAUUUGUACAUACUAUAAAGAAGGUAACUCGACCAACAUGGCCGUCAUGGAGGUUGAAUUACCAUCCGGUUAUAAUGCAGAUGUCGAUGCAUUGCCGGCAGCUACUCGAGCUAAAGAAGUGAAACGUGUCGAUACGGCCAACAAUGAUGGCACUGUAAUCGUAUAUCUCGAUAGGGUAACACGUGAUGAAUUAUGCAUCACUGUACCAGCACAUCGAACUCAUCAUGUUGCAAACAACAAACCAGUUCCGGUCACUAUCUAUGAUUAUUAUGAUCGUUCCAAAUUGUCUCGGAUAUUCUAUGAGCCAAACUUAGUGACGUUUUGUGAUAUUUGUCCCCAAAACGAAAUCGAAUGCCGUGCACGUUGUAGCCAACGUCAAAGUCAUCGACAACAACGACAACGUAAUGAUGAUUCCAGUAGAACGGGCACCACAUCGUUUGAUCGUUAUGGUGAACGAGAAUGGGAGGAUGGUGCAAACCAUUCUCUAAAUUUAAAUGGAUCGUCAAUUUUAAUCAUCAAUGCUAUUAUUAUAGCAUUCAGUUCUACGAUCUUCAACUUUAUUCACAAUCCAUAAGCAAAUCCAUCGUUCAAAGAUGAUCCUGGUUGUCAAAUAAAUCUGGUCAUUCAUUCUUUCUCUCAACACUCUCAUCAUUCCAUGAUAAAUAAUGAGAAAAUUUUAUUUUUUUAUUAAUUCAAUUAUUAUAAUAAUUAAAAAUAAACAAACAAAUAUUA